AGAAGUCACUCAUUCACGAUUGGUGAGCCAAAUUCAUAUGCACGGAUCUCACCCCCGCGCCUGCCGUUGGAUGCUGCAGCCGCCGCUGAUGACGGUACCUCGACGCGUGACUGCGCGAGGCUGAAGAUGGCUUCAUAGGCGAACAGCAUUCUGCCAGAAUUGGUCCACAAUCAACACAGCAAGGCACUCGAGACAAUCUCUCUUUGAACGGCGCGAGUCACAACGCGGUCACACUUUUCCAAGCGAUCCCACGACUCUAGCCUCGCAGCGACGAUAAGACUCAUCAAUCUCUCCUGUCGUCCAGCGCAGAACACGAGAUUGACAGCACUGAGGCAGGGCGUCAAUCAGCCACGCGUUUGAACAUACUUUGCGCACGCUCGCUUGCUCAAUCGAGGUACUCGACUGGCUCUCAAGAUGGUGUCACAAGCUGAGCUGGAAGCUGCCAUCAGGGCAAAGGUGGAUGGUGUCACAGCACUGGUUGUGUCUGACGUCUCCGGUGGAUGUGGACAAGCCUACGACGUCAUCAUUGUUUCUCCGAUUUUUGAGGGCCUUGCGACGCUGAAGAGACAUCGCCUAGUCAACGACUUGCUCAAGGACCAGAUUGCAGAGCUUCACGCGUUCUCCCAAAAGACCUUCACACCUAAGCAGUAUGAAGAACAAGGUGCCAAAGCGGUCACAGUGCCAGCUGAUGUGCCAUCGACUGCUCAAGCACCAGCGCCCAGCUCUACGCUGCAAGGCUUGUCACCAGCCGCGAGCGGCAAGAAAUCGCAUCAUCGGUCUACAUCCUCAAUAUCGGUCCCAGAGUUGACUCUUACGACGGAUCAUGAUGACUUGGUUGGUGGACCUCAAAGUGGAAGCAGACCACUGACGCCCGGACAUCAAGGACCGAGCCACGGACCUUUGCAAGACUCGCAAGGCAGAAUGACGUCAAGCGCGAGCAUCAGCAAUUUGCAUUUGGCGCGGAUCAGCAGUGUCGAAUUCUGGGACGGCUUGCGCGCCUUCUUGGAGGGACAGUUCUUGGGGCCUCAAGGUGAGGCGGGCUCAGCAUCGCCGAAUACCAAUGGCCGCACGAAGGGGGAAGCCGAGAUGAGUCGAAUCUUUGAGGACGUGCUUUCGAGCCAGAGAUCCUAUCUCACUGCGAGUGACAUCGCAAAGAUUAGAGAUGGCACGGGUAUGACUGGGCAAGGAGGUGUCUGAUCUUACACGACCUCCGGGUCGUCAGACUACCUCCAGUCACAGAGUACUCGGGCUGCCCUGUCCCGACAAAAUUGGACUCAGCAGUCAUGCCUGGUACAUUCCCGCAAUUUGCGAUUCAUGUCUAAUGCAUUUUUGAUUGAACAUCGAAUGCAUCCGACAAAACGUCUUGACACGGCUUUGGAGCCGUCGUCUGUGUUCGCGUAGCUUGAGCUCGGAUAUCCCUACAAAUGAUGCUCUAGUUCAAGCUCACGUCCUCUCGAGCUACAACACUUUGAUGCUCAAGCACCAGACACAAAGUUGUCUGACUCAAUUUCAGCUAUUUUGA